AUGAUAUAUAAAAGACGCGCUAAAUGAUUUGGGAUAAUGCGGCAUAUUUACAACGCUUUUUUGUAGUUAUCUCAGGAGGAAGGCGUAGUUGCGGUCUUUACUUCUGUUUUGUUUAUCUUUCACUGGAACUGCGCAUUUUCGAUCUUUUCACACAGAGAGAAGCAGAAUGACAGACCAGUCAUCAGCCAUGGCGUCUCUCAGCAGCUCUAACACAGCCUUUGCCUUGGAGCUGUACCGCACUCUGGGUCAGACCAACACAGGGAAUAUCUUCAUCUCCCCAUUCAGUAUCAGCUCAGCUCUGGCCAUGGUCUACCUGGGGGCUAAAAGAGACACAGCCUCUCAGAUGGCAAAGGCUCUGUCAUUCAACUUCACCAAAGACAUUCACACAGAUUUCCAGACACUCAAUGCAGAUAUCAACUCUCCCUCUGCAACUUACAUCCUGAAACUGGCCAACCGUCUGUAUGGAGAGAAGACCUGCAACUUCCUGACCGAGUUCUUAGAAUCCACCCAGAAGUUCUACCGUGCAGAUAUGAAGGCAGUGGACUUCCUCGGAGCAGCAGAGGAGACCAGAGGACAGAUCAACAGCUGGGUGGAGCAGCAGACAGAAAAUAAAAUCAAAGAUCUGCUGAAGCAAGGGACAGUCAGUGGUAUGACAAGGCUGGCUCUAGUCAAUGCCAUCUACUUCAAAGGAAACUGGCUGAACAGAUUUGACCAGAAAGACACCAAAGAGAUGACCUUCAAACUAAACCAGAGUGAGAGCAAGCCAGUUCAGAUGAUGCACCAGAUGAAGAAGUUCCCCUUUAACUACGUCCCAGACUAUAACCUCCAGAUCGUGGAGCUUCCCUAUGUGGACCAGGAGCUCAGUAUGUUUGUCCUGCUGCCUGAGGAGGCCACUGACGGAUCUGAUCCUCUAGUGAAGCUGGAGAGUGAGCUGACCAUGGAGAAACUGGACGAGUGGACCACCAGGUCCAACAUGGACACGGGCACGGACAUCAUAGUUCAUCUGCCCAAGUUCAAACUGGAGGAGGACUACGAGCUGAAUGAUCCCCUGGUCCAGAUGGGCAUGAAGGAUGUGUUCGUCGGGGGUUUGGCCGACCUGUCUGGGAUGAAUGGGAAGGGGGGUCUCUUCCUGUCUACGGUGGCCCAUAAGGCCUUUGUGGAGGUGAACGAGGAGGGGACGGAGGCUGCAGCCGCCACUGCUGGGAUGAUAGCGUUCUGUAUGUUCCGAGAGGAACACUUCACGGCUGACCACCCCUUCCUCUUCUUCAUCAGGCAUAAUAAGACCAAAAGCAUCCUUUUCCUUGGGAGGUUCUCCUCUCCUCAGUAGAAUAAUAGUUAAAAUGUGUAGAGAGGAUUUAACAUCAUUUACAACAUUUAUUUGACAGGGACAUUUAACAUCAAUCAACAUUUCUGUAAAUGUGUCAAAUUUAGCCAGGUAGCUAGUUCCAUCAGCACUUGAUUUAAUCCACUAUAAAACCAAAUAAAGGAAAAUGUCUAAAUUA